CUUGCGGCAGAGAGGGGAAAAGCAGCGAGCAGCUUGUGUCGGCUCCAGCGGAAAGUGGGAUCAUUUGGGUGACGCUUUUGGAACCACAUAUCUCAUCCUCCAGUUUUCGGGACUAGUUUUAUUUUACUCUCAGAAGAUAUGAGACGAGUUGUACGGCAGAGCAAAUUCCGUCAUGUCUUUGGCCAGGCGGUGAAGAAUGACCAAUGCUAUGAUGACAUCCGUGUUUCAAGGGUCACAUGGGACAGUGCCUUUUGUGCAGUGAACCCGAAGUUUGUUGCCCUAAUUAUUGAGGCCAGUGGUGGUGGAGCUUUCCUCGUUCUCCCUCUUCACAAGACAGGACGCAUUGAUAAAUCCUACCCCACAGUAUGUGGUCACACAGGUCCUGUGUUAGACAUUGAGUGGUGCCCCCACAAUGACCAGGUCAUUGCCAGUGGUUCUGAGGACUGCACUGUGAUGGUAUGGCAAAUUCCUGAGAAUGGCCUCGUCACUGCGAUGUCGGAGCCAGUGGUGGUUCUGGAAGGCCACUCAAAGCGUGUUGGCAUCAUCACCUGGCAUCCAACAGCCCGCAAUGUCCUCCUUAGUGCAGGUUGUGACAACCAGGUAAUCAUCUGGAACGUGGGCACGGGUGAAGCCAUGAUCAACCUAGAGGACAUGCAUCCUGAUGUCAUUUACAAUGUUUCCUGGAACCGCAAUGGUAGCCUCAUCUGCACUUCCUGCAAGGACAAGGGCAUCCGAGUCAUUGACCCUCGCAAGGGGGAGAUUGUUGCUGAGAAGGAGAAGGCACACGACGGUGCCAGACCCAUGAGGGCCAUUUUUCUUUCUGAUGGUAAUGUCCUUACCACGGGCUUCAGCCGCAUGAGUGAGAGACAGCUGGCUCUCUGGAACACGCAAAACAUGGAGGAGCCCAUGACUGUGAGUGAAAUGGAUACCAGCAACGGAGUGCUCUUGCCCUUCUAUGACCCGGACACCAAUGUUGUUUACCUCUGUGGGAAAGGUGACAGCAGCAUACGUUAUUUUGAAAUCACAGACGAAUCACCAUACGUUCACUUCCUGAGCACCUUUGUCACCAAAGAGCCCCAGAGGGGAAUGGGCUACAUGCCCAAGAGGGGUCUGGAUGUCAACAAAUGCGAAAUAGCAAGGUUCUAUAAGCUGCAUGAAAGGAAGUGUGAGCCUAUUGUGAUGACUGUACCAAGAAAGUCGGACCUGUUCCAGGAUGACUUGUACCCAGACACAUCUGGACCAGACCCGGCCGUGGAGGCUGAGGAUUGGUUUGAGGGCAAGAAUGGAGAACCCAUUCUCAUCUCUCUGAAGAACGGCUACGUCCCGGGCAAGAACCGUGAAUUCAAGGUGGUCAAAAAGAACAUUUUGGACAGCAAGGCAACAAAGAACACUGAGAACUCGAGCCCUGCCAACAAGGUUGCCUCCCCAACUCCAUCCAUUAAAUCCGAAGCAAAAUUGGAGGAGAUCUUAAAAGAAAUGAAAUCCCUCAAGGACCUGAUCAGCUCUCAGGAGAAGCGAAUCUCGAAACUUGAAGAGGAAAUGUCCAAAGUUGGCCUUUAAGGACCCUUUGUCCCAACCUGCUUCAAUUCAGGACGUUCCAUUGGCUGGGGAGUGGGCAGGAGCAGUCACUGUCUAUCUUAAUGACGGCGUUUGGUCCGAGCCCUGCCACGCUAUGAUUCCCUAGCAACAUUCCAGAUGAACCUUUUCUUAGCCCGCCCCCAACCCUCAGUCUAACACAGGUGGAAUAAGGAGGACAUGUGGUAAAUUUAGCAGAAAGUACUUUUUAUGUGACAAAGGACUCUUUUCCUUUUAUUCCAUGAGUCUUUCAUUUUCCCUAGUUGUAUUAGAAACAAAAAAGGUCUUAAUUUUUCUCAUUUUUAGAGUGACCAAGAAGUUUCCGGUGUCAACAACAGUCCCCAUUUAUUUUGAUAUAGCGAUAACAUUUUUAAGUAAGUGUCUCAUGUUAGCCUAUCCCGAAAGUGUAAUAUUGCCAAAUCUGGACUUUUGUUUAUACUUCCUUUACAGUAUUCCUUUUUCUAUCUCCCCAUGACAUCAUUAAAAAUGCAAACAGUGCAUCUGAGUGCAGUAGACUGCUUAUGGUAAGAGAAUAAUUCCACCACCUGUGUACUACAAAAGCAAAAUGAACAAAUUGUAAAUUUGAUAUUAAAAAUGUGACACUUUUUUUUUUUAAUCACAUUUGAGAGUAAUCAGAGAACCUAUUGCAUCAACACCACUCAGAUAUCCUAUCAGAUACGUAUUAUUGCUGUUUGUGUCGAAGCCGCAUAAGAGACAACCUGCUUUCUGCUAUUUCUUUGGAUUUCCGUCACUUUUCGGUAUUCUGACCAUGGACACAAUAGUCCAUAUUAACAAGCAUUAGCUCCUAAACCGCUUCAUAAAUAUGCAUUGUGCACUUGCUGAAAAAAAAAAAAACCAAGACAUUCCACUAAUCUGAUUGGCGGUGGCUUAUGAUGAGCUCUUCCUGUAAACACUCUACUGUUGUGACUCGGGGGCACUGCCCACUUCAUUAAUUUGAUGUUUUAUGUGCGACACAUGGAAAGAUCAACUUGUAAAUGGUUUAGUUUUCAUGAGAGUUGCAGUCGCCAGCCUCAUUGUUUAUCCAUGGGCUUAACACACGUGUUGGCUUAUUUUCUGUAUUUUUUAUUUUUUUUUCUUCUUUUGAAUUAUAUGCCAUUACAGAUCUGUAUUUUCUGUAAAAUAAGAAAAACAGUCAAUAUGAUAUGACGAGAAGUAAUCACACAACGUGAGCAUUUCAGACCACUUGGUAAUGAAGCUGCUCUUGAUGGACUUUAAAGGUCUAUGUGCCUCAUGUCUUUGGCCUUUUGGUACCUAUCACUAUUGAUGUUCCUCCUUUUUUUCAGGGGUUAUGAAGUGGACACGGUAGUUGUUCCAAGACCCAUCUCUAAUUAACUCAAUAGAGACUUAAAUAGUUUAGACACCACUUCACUGUUAAUUUUAGCCUGUUUCUUGUUCCAGCUGUGCUUGUAUCUCCCUCAGCACUUCCACAUCUGUAGUUCUUUACCAUUCAUUUGGUUGAUACCCCAAAUCAGGACAGCUGUUCAUACAGCAUUGAUACGUACAAAAUUGAUUGUCCACUCUGGGCUUUUUCUGUUCCAAUAAAAGUUCUAUUUUUAGACUUUUUUUUUUUUUUGUAUGUUAUUUAGAUUUGUCUCCCAGUGGGAAGCAGAGAUGAAUAAUGGUUCGGUUUGUUUGUUUUGCAUUCCUCAAUAGUUGCCACUGUAAAGAUCUGAAAGUGCCAUAGAGGUGACCCUGAAAGUGUGUAUUGGGGAUUGUUGUGCAAGUAGUUUGUCGUAAGUGGAGGAGAUUUAAAACCGCUUUGAGGUGCUAUACUUUAUACUAACAUCCUGUUCCUAAAGUACUGUUGCCAACCUGCUUGACACCAUGAAGUACUGUUGGUCCACCCGACGGUACUCUUGGCGGCAUUAGUGGUCACAGCCUGAGGAGCAUUGAGCCACUGACAUUUUAACAUUUUCCAUCUUGGUACGGGUAUAAAAAACAAAACAUCUUUAAUGAUUUCAAACCAGGAAUCUGGCGACUGAGUCCACGGCCGUAUAAGUCAGUAUGGCUUUGAAAUGCACUUUGAGCAGUGAGUUAUAAAUAAUGCUGAAAGGAAGUCUGUGUGCGGGUCUGACAGAAACUAUACUGCUGUAUCUUCUAUGUCAGACGGUCACGCUUAGAUUUUUUUUUUUUUUUUUUUUUUUUAAAUGGGAUUGUUGGCAUAAGAGGUUGGUUUUGAUGAGUAGUAGUUUCUCAAUCCAAAGGGACAAUGUAGGUUGAAAAAAAAAUGUGCAGAUGAAAGAUGUAUGUUUAUGACAGGUCUAUAGAAAUGAGUGAAUGCUGUGUAAAUAACAUGACCAGAUGUGUGUUUUGUUGUUUUUUUUAACUAUUUUUGUUUUGUGGUUGUGCUGGAGAGGGUAUUUGUAUGGGUGAUGGGUUUUAAAUGUUCCCCCUGUUUGUGCCCCUUGCACUUUUUUUUUGUUUUUGUUUUUUGUUUUGGCAGAACGCAUCAUGAGAAAAUCAGAACCUCCAUGACACAUGAAAUACUAAGUCGGUCAAAAACCGAGCAGGAUGAAAGCCUUGUGGAGAUCUGCUCAGCAUUUCUGUUCAAUAUUCUUGCUUCAAGUAUGAAACAUUGAUUAUAAGAAAAUGAAUAAAGAAUUUUUAAAAUGGU